AAGAGAGAGAGAGAGAGAGAGAGAGAGAGAGAGAGAGAGUUCUUCGUUCGUUCUGCUUUUUUUUUUUUUUUGUGUGUUGAGAGAUAGAGAGAUCAGACAUGUCUGUCUUUGAAGAAGAUUCCUUUGUUAUACUCAACGAUGAUGCGUCUGAGUCCGUUCCAGUCUCAGGCUCUUUUGACGCCACUGACUCUUUCGCAGCCUUCGACGGCUCAGUCCAAGUCGAUGACUCCGUCGACGAUAUUUUUGCAGCGCCGUCUUCUGACUACGGUGCUGCUUACUCGAACGGUAACGACGGCCUCUUCGGAUCCAACGGUGAACACGACGGUCCUAUCUUGCCACCACCGUCGGAGAUGGAAUCAGAUGAGGGAUUUGCUCUUAGAGAAUGGCGAAGACAAAAUGCAAUUCAACUUGAAGAGAAGGAGAAGAGAGAAAAGGAAUUGUUGAAUCAGAUUAUUGAGGAAGCUAAUCAAUACAAAGAAGAGUUCCAUAAGAAGAUUGAAGUAACUUGUCAAAACAACAAAGCAGCUAACAGGGAGAAGGAAAAGCUGUAUCUGGAGAACCAAGAGAAGUUCUACGCGGAAUCGAGCAAGAAUUACUGGAAGGCAAUAGCAGAGCUAGUGCCUAAAGAGGUUCCUACAAUAGAGAAAAGAAGGGGAAAGAAAGAGCAAGACCCUAAGAAGCCAACGCAAGACCCUAAGAAGCCAACGGUCUCUGUCAUUCAAGGUCCAAAGCCUGGUAAGCCAACCGAUCUAACAAGAAUGAGACAAAUAUUGGUGAAGCUCAAACACAACCCACCUUCUCACCUGAAGCUCACUUCUCAACCUCCAUCUGAUGCCGUUGCUCCUCCUACUCCUCCAAAGAAUGUUCCCGAAACCAAACCCACGGAGGCCGUUGCUGCUGCUUAAAAUAACCCUCUUUGGUUUUCUUUUUUUCAUUGUUUACAUCUGUGUGAAUUCGGUCUUUACAUUUCGUUAUGUGUGUUAUAAACAGCUGAGAGAUUGUUAUGGGUCAUGCGUGGAAUGUUGUUAUGAUUAACAUAACUGUGUCGUAUUGGAAUGAUAUUUUUCAUAUUUAUUUAAAUUCAA